AUGCCUCCAAAACGGAAAAAUCAGAAAAAGUCUGACCUGGUUAGCGACAAACCUGAAAAUGAUGUCGAAGUCGAAGCAAGCGUCGAUAUGCCAGCUACAACAUCACUACAACAAGACAUGGAAGCUUUGUUGGAUCAUCGCUUUAAACAGCAAACAUCUCAUAUAAAAGAUCUUUUUUCAAAUCAUUUGCAGAUGACUAAAUCUGCCUUAGAUGAAAUUAAAAGCAGUCAAGAAUUGGUGGUUUCGAAAACGAAGACCUACGAAAACGAAGACCGAAGACCUAAGAUGGGUCUUCGGUCUUCGUAAUUACGAAAACGAAGACCCGUCUUCGUUUUCGUACUACGAAAACAAAGACCCUAAAAUAUUCAUUUACAUUGUUUUUUUCGAAAAUAAGCAUAAAAGUGUCGCGAAAUUAAUUACGAGACAAAAUUAUUGCAACAAAAUUAUUGGCGGGAAAAUAUGGCGGGAAAUUAUUUUAGGUUUUCCAAAAUGGCGUUCCCUUCGGUUAAACAGCGUGUAGGUAGCAAGAACAACAUUAUUGAGAGAAUUGGGAAAAAGAGUUUACAGUUUGCAAAUGGAGUGACAUCGUUCCACAGCCUGGUGGAUCGAUCGGAAGUGGGUCUUUUGGCUCAGUUUUUGUUGCUAAGAGUGCGAAGCGACCAGAUGUUGAUUCGAAUGAGUGCAGAGCUAGUUUCGUUGUGAAGAAAAUACUGAACAAGGAAGCAUUAGAGCAGAAGAUUUUCUUAAAGGAGGCCCGUAUCUUGGAACGUAUCACUAGUGAGUACGUCGUAAAAUUAAUUGGAAUUUGUUUGGUUCCAUCCGUACUGAUUCUUGAGUAUUUAAACCAUUUGGAGCAGAGGUAAAAGUUAGCAGUCUGGAUCAGUUUCUGAAAUACAACGACCAUUGAAGAUCAAGUUGGCAAAUUUCCCGUUCAUGUUAAGAUUUCAUUGGAUAUUUCUCGUGGUUUGCUUUGUCUGCAUGAACUGGGUAUCGUUCACCGAGAUAUUAAGCCAGCGAAUGUACUUGUCUCCAAUCAACACUACUCUAAUUUAAAAGAGGAAGAGGUUUGUUAUUGUUUUUGGCAAUUUCUCUAUGUAGAACGUUUAACUUUAGCACAAAUGAAGGAUGAACACUAAAUAUGUAGAUAUUUUUCUAAAUUUUAUAUUUGGGAAUAUUUUCAUUAGAGUAAAAUUUAUGAUUUAGGUGAAACUUUUCAACAAUUGUUGCCAGGGCCUUUUUUACAGAAAAGGACCAUACUUUACUGAGUGUGGAGAUAUAUUACAGUUAGUUGUUGGAAACAAAAAGUUUGGUGUGAUGUCGCCACUGCGGGGGUGGGGGGAAUAUUGACUCAUGGGGAUUGGGGGGGGACAAAGGGGGACUGGAGGAAAUUGCCCCCUCCCUAACUUAUAUGCUAAAAAAGGCAUUUAUUGUUGCUGGUUGAAAAGCAAAUAGUAUCAGAGUUAUAGAAAAUACUACCUGAAAAGUAUGACAUUGACAUCAAGUGCUACUAUUACAAUGGUACCAUGACAUUUCAUUGUGACCCCCCACAUGUUCGAUUAGUGAAAAUAAUAUAUUAGUUUUUAAUUAAUAAAGCAAAAAAAUCUACCAUAGUGAAAUAUCAUGGUUAUUGGUUACCAUAGCAACGGCAGUGGUGUCAAUUUUGGUAAAAAUGUCAUACUCUUCUGUCAUACUCAUAGGUCAUACUCUUCUGCAUUGCAUUGUCUUCUGAUACUGUUCCCCAUUUUUAUUUCAUAAAAUACUUUCAUUUAGUGUUUUGAAUUAUUCGAUUGUCAAUUGUCCAUCAUAUAAUUGUCAUUUUCAAGGUUCGAAUGCUUGGGAAAAGGAGCCGAUAAGGUGCAAAUUGGCCGAUUUCGGAGAAAGUCGCUCUUUAUCCCUUCAAACAAAUACUCUGUGCAAAACUGCAACGAAUCACAUCACACGUGGCACACCGGUAUACCGCGCCCCAGAAACAUUCUCAGACGAUACAAGGAAUGGGAACCGGAGGCUUUUACUUGCGGACCUGAAAGCAAUCGACGUGUGGUCACUGGGUAUGGUGUUCUUCAAUCUCUUAAAUCCCGACUUGAAACACCCAUAUCAGAGAGAAAUAACCUCCGCACGACCAAAGAAUGUCAUGGAGUUUCUGGAGCAUCUAGUUGUAAGCAACAAUUGUGGCCCCCAACACUCUGACAAAUACAGCAUUAAACAAGCAACAGAUUGGAUUCCCAUCUGGAACACACACAAGCGUUGUACUAGCGUCAACUCCAGCAACAGACCCAAGAUUAAUGAGAUCGUACAAGAUUUGGAGAGAAAGGAAGUUCUUGAUCGAUGCCAGGAUAUCCCCCUUUCUGUUAGCCAAAACAGCAUCCUAGAGGAAAUCACCAUGCACACUACCAGUCACUUCGAAGAUGAUAAUGAAAUUAUUAUUUCAAACGACAGAACAAACAGUUGCUCUUUUUUAUCUGUGAAUUUUGUCAGUCAGCUUCUCAAACGCCCGAAAGACUCUGGCACCCACGAUGACUAGCUGGAUAUAGCAGCGUUGGCAGAAGAUGUUAUCAAGGGAACGCCUUUUAUUGUCAGCCCUUAUCGAAAGAAAGAAAGACAAUAUGAUGCAAUGGAAGCUUUUCAAAUAUUACGAUUAUUGGGAGUUACUGACGAUGAAUACUAUUUAACCGAAGAGAUCACUGCCGGUUAUGGUGUAUUUACGGCAAGUGGAAGGCUUGCCCUUGUCAAUGCAAUGGAGAAGCUCUUCAACAAAUAUGCAUAUAAUGUCGGCAUUUACAUGUGUGGUGCAUACACGUUUACCGUUGGCUGUAGAUAUGGUCAGUAUUUCGUCAUGGACACACAUUCAAUCAGUCAAGAUCUUGGUGGUGAUGGGAAUGGAGAGCCUAAUUAUAACUCUACUAUGUCGUUUAGGUUUGCUGAAAGCCCUCAUGCAUAGUCUUGUAAACUGAUUUUGUCCAAUUACUUUUUAGCAGACUUAUUUCUAACCAGCUUUGAUCUGCUGCUUUUGUGUUUGAGAUACUUUUUGCAAUAAGAUUCUAAUUAAUCAAACCUGAUUGGCUGAUUCCAGAUAAUAUAAAAUGCACCAUUUUGUUCAUUAUUUUAUUUCUCGUUUCCCAACAGUAACUGUGAUCGUUACAGUGACGAGCUAAAAACCUCCGUGCACAAAAAUAUCGCAUUUGUUAGUUUAUGUUCUUCCGAUGAGGACGGUGAGCAGAGCGAUCAACAAUGCCUCAAAUCGCCUGGUGUUAGCAAAAAUGGAAAGGAGGUAAGAGGCUAUAUGUUGACACAAUUUGUGUCCUUGUAAAAGGAAAUGUGUCCUUGUAAAAGGAAUUGUGUCCUUGUAAAUAGAAUAUAAGCCCAUAUAAAGCCCAGAAAAUCCAUUCCCAGAUAUUUCCCACAGGCAAUAUUGUUUAAAGUAAUCAUGUGUUUAUUACCUGAUGAUAGCUAGAUAUAUCUGAUUUCUGGUUUAUAUGUUUCUGGUUUUUCUGUUUAUAACAUGUCAAGAAACGCCUGUAAAAUUACCAACGGCUUCAAUUAUUUUCCUAUAUGUGCGGUUCAAUGAUCAGUAAUGACAAUGUCCGCAGAAAUCAUACUACAAAAAUCAGGACUCGCCUUUAAGAAUUUUCAGCAGACAAUAGAAAAUUUAAUUAUGAAUUAUUUAGACUGCAUGAUUUACGUAGGCUACUUGUUAGAUAGCCUCAACCAUUGGACUACCAAAAGUGCCAAAAUGGCGCUUCAGUACAUGUGACCCCCAAAUUAUAAAAUAUUUACUGAUACCGCACUGAAAUAUAUAUAUGCAUUAGCUCAUGAUAUAACUAGCUAUUGUUCAAGUUACGGUGAAAAUUAAAAAGUUAUUGGCCCGCAUUUUACCUAUUUGAAACAAAUUUUUUCCUUUAAAGGCAAUUUUCCAUUACAGUCGCUUUGCCCGUGCGGGCGGAGUGAAUUACUCAACUUUCUCUGUAGUUGCCUAACCUGUGCAUUUUUUGUCCGCCUGAAUGCUCGCGGACACGCCAUGAAAGUAGAACUACAUUCAACUUUCUUGGCGUGCCCGGGCAACUGAUUUUUCACGUGAUUAAAAUUGGUCGCUCCACCCGCGCGGGCAAAGCGACUGCAAUGGAAAAUGGCCUUAAAAGACACUGAACUUUAACGAAUAUUUGAUAAAGCCUUUUCUUAGUUGACGAGUAUUUAUGCUCAAGCUAGUCUGACACACUUCCAAAUGAUUGUUGCCCUUGGCAUGGACGUAAAGUGUGCAUGUCCUUGUAAAAAUUCCUUAUUUGAAUGCCUGAUUCAUAAUGUAAUAAUGUAUGUCUUCUAUUAUAUUAAAAAUAAAAAUAGUGCAUGUAGGCUAUGUAUACGUGUUAAAUGAUUUAAGCUAAUUUCAGGAAGUAUUAUUGAUGGGAAGCAGCACGAGUAGUUCUGGAAAUGGAAAGGCAGAAAAAAACAAAACGUGUGAUAAGGUUAGCAAUAUACGCGAGGUAUUAGUAUGUCGUCACUGUUAUAUGAUAUGACCUGAAUCUUGUCAGAAUUCUGCAUGUAUUAUAUAUUCCACUGUAGAGUAUAGCUCAAAUUAUCUAACAAAGUUAUUGAUGUUAUAUUUAGAUGUCAAGUAAACCGACUCAUGCAAUUUCGCGUAUGACUGUACAGUCUACUGCAAUUAUAGCUGCAUGCAGCUUAUUAAUUGUACUUCUCAAAAUUAAUAAUCCUAAAUGAAAUUUGAUUUUAGUAUAAAAUAUGUGAAAAUUUACUAGGAAAUACAGUAGUUGAGACCUUGCACGCACAAGGAAGUAAAUAGUUCUACAGGCUAGGAAUAGCAACAGGAAAAGGUCUCGUCACACAAAAUAACAUAACUAACAUACUGCAACUCUGUUUGGUGUUGAUUUGUAAUACCAUAUUGCAUAGUGAUCUAUAGUUAUCUUACUUGUAUGGUAUUACCAAUCUGUCGAUAAUCACUAUUUGUCCAAGGAAUGAAACAUGAUACUUACGAUGCUAUUGUACCCAAUUUUUUUCAAUUUAACUAAUUUGUCUUGUAUCGCGAGAAAUAGUAAUGACGUAAUAAAAUAUGUCGAUUCACUGUUUGAUUUCAGGAAGGAUUGUUCGAAGGUAGACAUUCAAGUAGUUCUGAAAAUGCUGAGAAAUGUAAAACUUCUGAUAAGGCGGGUACUAUCCAUCAACCGGCCAACUAUACAAUUUCCAACAAUAUAACUGCAGCAUAUGCAAUUAAAGGCCAAGUGACGAAAAAUCCAGCAUCCCAGGUAUACAAGUCAGUCAUGGAAAAAAGUGGUGGCCCAAGCAAAGCAAGAACCCCUGGAGAGUUCCCACGUUCAUGAAAGCAGGUCUAUGAUAUGCAGUAUAAAGUCCUAUCAGCAGUCGACCCAGUAGAUGACCUGCUUAUUUACGGCCGGCAAAAAGACACUAAACUGGUAAUGCGUCACAAGGACAUGCCAACAAACUUGUGGGUACUUGGAACAGAUGUAAUGUGUACAGACCUCGUACGAUGCUGCACUUCCGAUAAACACAGCCAGCCGAAGAAGCUCUUGACAAAGCAUGGAAAACGGAACUGCACCAUGCCAAACACAUUCAAUGUAUAAAACAUUUUGAAGGGAACUGUAAGCAGAAACUCCACAAGAUCGGUAUACAACAAAAGAAGGACCAAAAAGUCUUCCUAGAAAAGGUUUUUGGUGUUCAAGACAAAAGUGAAGGAAUGGUUGACGCAGAGGACAAAAAUGCUGUUCAGGAAAUGUUCUGA